AGUGGCGGCGGGGCGGCGGGGCGGCCCCGGCUGUUGUUAUUGUGGGGCUGGUCUGCGCCGCGCGAAGAUGGCGGCUGGGCAGGGGGGUGGCGGCGGCAACGGCGGCGGCAACAACGGCAACGGAGCGGGGGGGCUGGGGAUCCCCGCUCACCUCACUCUCUCCUUCUCGGCCGGGCCGCACUGGGGCGCGGCGACUCUGCCGCAGCCGCACACGGUGCGCAGCCUGGACCGGGCCCUGGAGGAGGCGGGCAGCUCGGGCAUCCUCUGCCUCAGCGGGAGGAAGCUGCGCGACUUCCCCGGCAGCGGCUACGACCUCAGCGACACCACGCAAGCAGAUCUUUCAAAGAACAGAUUUACUGAAAUUCCUCCUGAUGUCUGGCUGUUUGCACCACUGGAAACUUUAAAUUUGUAUCACAACUGCAUCAAAUCCAUUCCAGAAUCUAUUAAAAACCUGCAAAUGCUUACCUACCUUAACAUUAGUCGAAAUCUUCUAUCAACGUUGCCAAAGUACCUGUUUGAUCUUCCACUUAAAGUUCUGGUUGUUAGUAAUAAUAAGCUGGUCUCCAUUCCAGAAGAAAUUGGAAAGUUGAGAGAUCUAAUGGAGCUGGAUAUUAGCUGCAAUGAACUUCAGGUUCUUCCCCAGCAAAUAGGAAAAUUGCAGUCACUUAGAGAAUUAAACAUAAGAAGAAAUAAUCUCCAUAUGUUGCCAGAUGAAUUAGGAGACCUUCCCUUGGUAAAGCUGGAUUUUUCUUGUAAUAAAAUUACAGAAAUUCCAAUUUGUUACAGAAAGUUACGUCACUUACAAGUUAUAGUUCUGGAUAACAAUCCAAUGCAGAUACCACCAGCACAGAUAUGUUUAAAGGGUAAAGUACAUAUAUUUAAAUUCCUCAGCAUUCAGGCGUGCCUCAGAAUAGAUAAAAAACCAGAUUCUUUGGAUCUUCCGUCAUUAGGUAAACGAAUCCCCUCUCAGCCACUCACAGACAGCAUGGAGGACUUUUAUCCCAAUAAAAAUCAUGGACCAGACUCUGGCAUCGGAAGUGAUAAUGGGGAUAAAAGGUUGUCCACAACAGAACCAUCUGAUGAUGAUACAAUCAGCCUUCACUCCCAGGUAUCAGAAUCAACAAGGGAACAGACAUUAAGGAAUGACAAUCAUGUAAUGGGAAAUAAACUCGAUCCGCAGAAAGACCAGGAGGUGUAUGAUUACAUUGAUCCGAAUGCAGAAGAGGGAGCUGUUCCUGAGCAAGGAGAUGUACAGAUUGGACCAUUACUGUCUUAUAUCAAGGAACGGGGAAAACAUCCUGAGAAAUCCCAGAAAAUAGAACAGAAUGAGGACUGGGGAGAUGAAAAAAGACUUCAGAAAGAACAGCUGCUGGCUGAAGAUGAUGAUGAACUCAAAGAAGUGACUGACUUGAGAAAAAUAGCAGCUCAGUUACUGCAGCAAGAACAAAAACACAGACGAAGGCCAUUAAGCUAUAGAACUUCAUUCAGUGAAAAACUCUUCCAGAGGACAAGGGCGGCAGGACGUGCAUCAAGGCUUCUUAAUCAUUCAGUUUCAGUAAGCACAAGGAACAGGGCAAAGCAGCCAAUGGAAUCUGAAAAAUGUGUCUCAACAGAUGAAGUGAAUUCCCCAGUGUCCCCAUUCAGCUGGCAGCCACUGGAAAACCAGAAGGAUUCAAUGGAUGAGCAGCAUUGGCCAGAAACACAGCCAGUGAUUUGGCAGAAUGAAGAAAGAAGGAGAAGUAAACAAAUUAGAAAAGAGUAUUUCAAGUAUAAGUCUUCCAGAAAGAGUUCAAGUGGAAAUGAAAAUGAUGAGCAAGACAGUGAUAAUACUAAUGUGUCCCCACAGUCUCCUGUGUCGUCUGAGGAUUACGAAAGGACAGAUAGUAACACUCAUGGUCCAUUUGGUCUCAAACCAAGGUCAGCUUUCAGCCGUGCAUCACGUCAGGACUAUGGUGCAGUGGACCCUGGAUUUACAAUGAGGAGGAAAAUGGAGCAUUUAAGGGAAGAAAGGGAACAAAUAAGACAGCUUCGUAAUAAUCUUGAAUCAAGGUUAAAAGUAAUUUUGCCAGAUGACAUUGGAGCAGCAUUGAUGGAUGGAGUAGUUCUUUGCCAUUUAGCCAAUCACAUAAGGCCACGUUCUGUUGCCAGCAUUCAUGUACCGUCGCCAGCAGUGCCUAAACUCAGUAUGGCAAAAUGCCGAAGAAAUGUUGAAAACUUUCUUGAUGCUUGUAAAAAAUUGGGCGUUCCACAGGAGAGACUUUGCUUGCCUCAUCACAUUCUGGAGGAAAGGGGUCUGGUGAAGGUUGGCCUCACAGUUCAAGCUCUGCUUGAAUUGCCUACAUUGAAAGUAUCUCAGCUUUCCUCCAUGUGACGUGACUUCUUCGAAGCUAGACAACUUACCAUUCGAUCUGUUGAUCUGUAUUGCUCUGAGGCAGUUCAGCUUCCUACAUGGGAACAUCCAAGCCAUCAAAAACUAAUAUCUGCCCAGAUGCUGUAGAGAGCCUUACUUUGGAGUUGUACAUGAAAACCUUGGAGUCAGCUGACAGUUAAAAGAACAUAAUUAUUCUUUUUUUUUCUUUUUGUAAUUGGAUGCACAAAGAGAUGGUGGUAGCAUCAGUUUCUCUUUCCAGUUAAUUUAAGUUAAAAGCUGCCAUUUAACAUCUCACAGUGUUACAGUUAAAUGCUGGAUUUCUUUUCCUACGUUGAAAAUGGUGUUUGAAUUAUUUUAGAAGUAUAAAGCACAUUACCACCACUCCCCCCUGCCCCUUUACUCUUUCAAGUCAAUCAUUUGAUUUCCUUUACUCUUUCAAGUCAAUCAUUUGAUUUAAAGGUGAGACAAAAAUGUAGCCAUGGUAUGAUGGUAAAAAUGCGAGCGACUGAUCACUUGUAAUCCACUUUCACUCUCUCAGAAAGCUUAAUAUUUGUGUUCUUUAUUUUUUGCACUCCUGAUUGUAACUUACACACUUCUAACAUUGCCAGUAUUUAGUCUGAGUGUAUGGUGAUUACACAAAACAGUGUAUAAUGGGAAAAGGACACAUUUUACUGAGUUUUUUCCAGUCUUCUAGGUUGGUGCCAAAUAUUUUUUUCAGUUGUACUGUAGAUUGUUUACAUGUGAAGUGCCUGUGUAAUUGAUAACUCUUAAUAGUCUUAAACAUUUUUGAAAUUUCUUUGUUUAAAAUAGAUAAAAUGGAAAUUUUAAAAUAUUUUAAUAGGUUUUUGUAAAAUCAGUAUGUGAAGAUUUAAGUAAUACUUCACAUUUUUGAUGUUGGGUGUUUUAAGUUUGUUGCACAAUUUAAUUGGUUAUUUUGUUGUCUAAUAAUUAGAAAAUACUGUAAAUACUUUUUAUUUAUGAUAUUUAAUUUGAUAAUACCUAAUCACUUUUGGUUUAAUGUAUUAUUGGACAAAAAAAAGUUGUCUACUUUUCUUUGUUUGGGACAAACAAAUAUACAUGGUGAGUACGACAUGAGGACUAGUGAUGCAUACAGAGUAGUUUAGGACAUUUUGAUAAAACUGCCAAAAUCUCAGGUUUACGCUGUGACUUUCAGGAUUUUGUGUAAUAUUGCUCCUGAUCUCACAUUACGUUUUUACAACAGGUUUAUCCAUAAUUUAGUUGGGAAAUAUCAAUGUUUAUCUUUUUUAGUGUUUAUGGGAUUUAUUGUGUAAUUUACACAAGUGUGGCAUAGCACACAAAUCAGUUUGUACAAAUGUCACUGUGCUGAGACAUUAGAUUUUUCUGGAUAAAUGUGAAAAAGAAAAAUUUCCACUGUGGUGGUUUUUUGAAACGUAGGAGUUUAUGCAUUUGUUUGCUUCCGCACAAAUUCUCGGUGUUUUGAGAACAUUCUGAAACCAUACACAGUUGAGUUCUCUUGUCCCAACAAGUUGCAAAUAAUUUCAUAAUUUUAGUAAUAAAUCUGUUUGCAUUAGUUUGUUCUUCAUGAAUAGGUAGCUCAAUUAAUAAAAAAAAAAAAGGUUCUCACUGUCACAGAUUUUCUGUUUCAGGCUAAGUUGAUUUUGAUUGAGGGAUAUGUUUGCCAAGCAUGUAACAAGAUUUGAUUCUGUUCUUUCCAACUGAUCAAGACCCCACGUAAUAUAAUUCAUAACAGAAUGAGGGAGGGGUAUCGUUUACUCCUUACUUCAUUUACUAUAGUCCUUAAAAUCAAUAGCUGAAAGGAAAAGUAACCUCUUUCUGAUGACAAGACUUUAAAAAAAAAAAAAAGAUAAAUUAUUUUUAAAUCCAUCGCAACAAGCUGAUUCAUGUGUAAUAGUUAAAAACCACUAUUGUUUUUAUAGUAUUUUCUUAAAAUGCAGCUCAUGGAGAAGCUGGUGUAAAACUUAAUUUGCAAAGUCCUAGAUAUAAAUCUUAGGUUACAUAAAUAGUUGUUUAAGGAAACUGGAUUGCUUUGACCUUUGAAGUACAGUAUUUCAAAUCUCUCUGGUUUUUAAAUCAUUCACGUAAUACUCAUUUUAACAACUUCAAUCUCUAUUUUUCAUUAAAGACUGUAUCUGAAAAGUCAUGCUAAGACUAAAAUGAUAAAGUAAUAUAAUUCCUUGAGCAAAAUGCUUGUUUGCUACAUUUGAAGAACACAACCAUUCAAAAAAAAAAAAAAAGUUGGUCUUUCAAUUCCUUGCUAAGAUAUUGACAACAACAACAAAGUUCUAUUUUGGUAUGUUAGCCAUAGAAUUGCUAACUGUAAAUUGUCACUUUCAGUUAUCAGGCUUAAACUGAUCUACACUACUAUUUCAUUGUCAUAUUUAAAGAUGUUUUCUGAUCUUAAAGUAACUUUUUUCCUACUAUAACUGAAUUUAUAAAGUUAUAUCACAGUGUAAACAUUAAGAAUUCCCUUGAUGUAGCAUGCCAGAUGAUUACCAGGUUUUUUUAAGCUUAGCUUAUUUCCUAAGUAACUUGAAAACUGGAUAUGAAAUUAACAUACUCAUUUUAAACUGUAUCUCUGAAGUUGAAAACUACUAAAAUAACUUUUUUUUAAGUACUCUGGAAUUCUUCCCCACAAACUUGCUAGAAACAGUCUUACUUUGCCAUUCAUUGGAAAUUAUUAUGGCCAUGUUCAUGCUUAUGGGGAAGGAUAAUCGUGACUCUUCCAGGGCUUCCUUUUUAGCAUUGCAAAGAUUAAGGCCUUCAACUACCCUUAGGAGCAAUCUGAGAAAAGUUCCACUGUGCCUGGAUGAAUCUUUUCUCAUCUCUCUUUAGCUGCUUUUACAAAUAAUAAUAAUCUAAAGCCUUGCUAAAGUUGGCUGUUCCCGUUGUGAUUGGUUUUUUUAGGAGUAACUGCAAAAAAGAUGCUAAAAAAGUUUUGAGUUUUAAUUUUAAAGCAGCCCAUGGAAAUUGCUGCUGCCUGCCCUGUACAAGAAUUUGCCUACUAUUCCCUUUCUCCCUUUCCAUUUGAUUCCCAGCAUCUUCUUACUUAUUUUUGUUUGUUCACAGAUCUAGUGACUUGACAUUGUUCAUUACUGUAUGCCACUUUCCUCCUUCCUCUUUACUUUUUUUAAAGAAAAUGCUCCAAUGACACUGGUGACUUCUGAGAUUCCAGAAUCCCUGCUCCCAACAUUUAGUAUGUUUGAGAGAUCCUUUCCUAUUUUUAGGAUGCAAUGUCGUUACUUAAUACUCGGUACAGCUGAUAGGAUGGUUAAAAGCAGAGGCCUGCCCAAUUCCUAUAGUAGUUGCUCAGUUUUUACUUUGGAUGUGAAGAGGAGUCAAGCUUUAGGAAACUGCAUUAAGUUUUCCUAAUAAAUUUAAGAGUUAACUAGGGUGCUUUUCUUAUUGUGAAUGCUAUACAAAGUUACUACAAUAAUGUGGUGUGAACCAUAAAUUACUGAGUGAAUCAACAUACUGACAGGGCUUCUGGCCUUGUGUGUGUUUUCUAUUUUUAUGUCAUUGGAUGUGGUAUGUUGCACAUGAAUGAUCUUUCAUUUAAGCAAUAAUGUCCCAGAUAUUGUGAGAUCUUAAAGCAGUGGCAUUAGAAUAGUUGUAAAGUGUGGUGACUUCCCCCACAGUAUCUCAGAAAUGCUUUUCAUCUAUUAUAUAAUACUGCUAAUCCAGUGUGCUAGCUGGGGCACUGCUGAGGAUGCAGUAAACCAUCUAUACCCAUGUAUCUGGAGGCCUUCCAAAAUAUAAGAACUAAAAUAUCAUAAAAGAGGAAUACAUUUGAAACAAUAAAUAACUAUGACACAAAUAAUAAGAAUCUCUGGGUAAAAUCCUAGCUUCACUGAAGUCAAUGCAAGUUUUGCUCUUGACUUCAGUAAGGAUUUCACCUUUUUGAUUUAUGGAACACCCGAGGUGGAGCCCAUAGCAAACAUGGCUUAAACUUGUUUGACACUAGCAAAGCUUUAGUGUCAAAUUCUUGACUAAAAAUAGUGACCUCUGGUAAGUCAAAGGAAGCUUUAAAAUAUUACACUGAUUCAUUUAUUUAAUACAAAUUUUCUGAUAUGCCAUAUACAGUAUUAAGAUGGUAGGAAAAAUUGCUUUGAAGCACAGCUUUCAUAUUAUGGGAAGGUAUGUCACCUCAAUAAAAUUGCAGGUGAGGACUACCAUCAGUUUACUGCACUAAAAACUUUAUUUCAAAUAUCUUACCAUUUAGCAGCAGUCUUCUCAGAUUUUGACAUAAAUCUGUAGCCAAAUUCAAACAAAAAAUGAAAAGGCAUCUGUUUUCACUAAAACUGAAUUUCCAUGUCUCUUCUCAGUAUUGAAGAGAAGGACCAAGGUCUGACAUUUCUUUAUUCUGCUGAUUUUUUAAAUGCUUGUGUGAAAGGUAGUUGUAUCUAAUACAGCUGCAGUCUGCCUGUUUGUCUCGGAAUUGGUCUGUGUACCAAUGCAGAGAUAAAGCACAUUAAUAAUUCAGCUGAGUUCAACUGAAAGCAACUUGUGGAAGGUUUUAGCACUUUGCUGCAAAUAGGAGAUGAUUUUGUAUUGGUAAAUCAAAUUUCUCUUUUUCAUCUCUAAGUCAGGCUAAUGUAUGUGUUUCUUUCAAGAGGUACAUCAUAUUAAAGUGACCUCUACUUGAAAAACGAAAGCAAAUAAACAAAACACCACCCCAACACACAAAAAGCUGGUGAAAUAUUUCCUGUUUGUAGGUGACUCUUUGGAAUUUUAAAAAAGUCUUAAGACCAGGAAUGGGAAAGGCAAAGUAUAGUUGUCCAAGGAGAGAGUGCUCUGAGUUGAUCUCACACUGAAUCACUUCACAAUGAAAAGCCUUUAAUUUUAGUAGAGAAAGAAAUGUUUUGUAGCUGCUUCAUGGCAAGGGAGGCAGAUCCUUAAGUACAUGGAGCUUUCCGUAGAGGUUACAAUAACAAAUUUGGCAUGUUUGUUUUCUCAAAGACUAUAUGUUUUGGAUAGCUCUAUCCCAGUGCUGCAGAAUGCAGAAAACAUUGCCCAUUCCAAGCCCUGGGUAGGGUACCUAGUUGGUGCCAUUUGCACUACCCUCUGGCUUUGUGAUGAUGAGACUGCAACUUCGGAAGGAAACACCUUGCUUCAUGCUGCUGCCUCCUCCUGCAUAGGCUGCAGGUUCUUUUAAAUACAUGUUUGCAGUCUGGAUAAAACACUAAGGAAAGCAGUAACUUUACUUGAGAGUAAUAGAUAAGUAGAUGUUUGCCAGUAUUUAACUUCUACCCGCAAAGAAUGACAUAGUGAGACAGAGCAAGCUUGCUCUAGGAACUACAGAACUUCACUGAUUGGAAAUUGCACCAUGGCUCUUAACAGGUUAGUGUGUCACUUGUCCUCUUAUGUGAGUAAAUCAAAACAGUAGUACUGUUUCUUGUUCCAUAUGCAACACACUGUGGGAUAUAUGUAAUUCACUUACAAAUGGAAAGAAAAGCAAACUCUAUUUUUUAAUUAAGAAUUUUAUGGCACAGAUCUCUUUGGUAAAAUAACUAUGAAGGUAAAAAAAUUAUUCUCUUCCUGUGAAGAAAAUUUCUGCUGGUCUUGACUGUUAAAAUAGAGAACAUAUGUGAUUAACUGAAUUUUAGUUUAAACUUGCCACUGCACAGGAACAGUUCUGGUUCCUGUGUUUCUUAUAUAAUAAAAUGCCACUUUGCUUUAUUUGUCUUUAAGUAUUUCACGUAGUACAAUUCUGACAGCAUUAUUUUAAAGUUAUGGUUAUAUGCAGUAUUUGUUCCCUCAAUGUUUUUGAUCUUUUUUUUUUUUUUUAACAUGGGAGGCAAAGGGAGGCAAAAUUGCUAUAAGCUACCUGAUUAAUUUCUAUGGAAGGAAUAAAAGUUAUUAUAAAAAUGACAUAGUCAUUUUUAGUUCAAAUGUUUUAUAGCUGACUGCAUUUUCAAAGAAGAAUUUUUAAUAUGGUUUUUCCAUAUACAUUUAGAAUCUAAAUUUUAAACAAAACCAAAAAGUCUUUCCAGGACUCCUUUAGUAUCUUAGCAAAUAUUAAAGGAGAAUAAUAGCUCAAACUGACAGCAAAUUUAAUUGUUUUGGGAAACUUUCCCUUUUGGCAGUGUUAGGUUUAUGGUUGGACUUGAUCUUAAAGGUCUUUUCCAACCUAAAUGAUUCUCUGAUUCUAUGACUUCAGUGAGACCCGAAUGUCCCUCAGUAGUUUUCUAACUGAGCUACAACAUGAAGUCAGUGACUUAAAAUGAAUUCUUGGCACUAUGAGGAUUUCCUCACUUCUUUAAAUGAAAUAUGGCAAACGUAACCUUUUUUUUUUUCCACAAUAGUUUUAUGAAGGCAGGUUGUGAAACAGAAUAUUUGGAAAUAAUCACAAGGAUACCUUUUUGUUUCAUUUUUAAAUAUGAGUGAACCAGUGAAAUAUUUCCACAACUGCUAUAUUUGUUUAGGAUUUGGUCGUGCCAUUCCUGGCAUGGGAACUCCCAUUGUUCAGUAUUAGUAUGCUUUCUGGAGCAUGUGCAAGAUUGUGCUCUUCACAUGCAAAUGUUAAUACAGUUGUGUUUCCUGAAUUGAUGUGUUACAUUAAGCAUGGCUGCAACUGUGGGAAUUCUUAGCUGCAACUGUUCAUGUCUGUUGCAGCAGCAGGUGAUGCAAGGCUUUGAUUCCCAUGAGGGGCAUAUGCAGGCAUUGCAAAAGGGUUGUUUGGUGGAUUAUGUUGGGAAUAAUGUGAAUAGUUUUUACUAUUAUGUAAUGUGUAGAACAAGGAAAAUGUGAUUGCUUUACGAUUAUCAUUCUGUUGGUAUUCAGUUAUUUUAUUUCGUAACUCGUGAUUAUAAAACUCAGAAAAUGCAAUGUAACCAAAUGAUCAAUAUGUAAAUGUGUGCAGGACAUGACAGAAGUAGUUCUGAGGCACAGCUGGAGAGUGAUCAUUUACAAAUAGAUGCUUAAAUUGUGUAUAUAUUUGCAACAUCUUUGAUAGUGCAUUUUAAUUCAUUCUGCGUUUCAUAUUCUUGUAAAGUACAUCUUCCACACUUACGAAGAUUGUCUACUUGUACAUACUAAGUCUUUUUUCAGGACUUCCAUUAUUGCUGGAGCUUCCAACAUAUAUGUUUCUUUUGAAAAAUGUUCCUACUGUUAUUUUUUUGUAAAUAGUUUUUUGUAUUAAAUUUGCAUGGAUAAACCCCACAUUUCUAAAACCAGUGUACAUACUCUGUGUAUAAAAUACAAACUGUUUCAUACCUUUCAUGCAGUCAAGUUAUUCAAUUUGAUUUCACUUCAGUUUUUAUGUAUUUGUUGUAAGUAAUAAGAAUUUGUUGUAUGUUCUUUCAAACAUUUUUGUUGCAGUUUUGAUAGAUAAGUGACCUGCCUCAUGACAUAUCAGGAAACAUGUUCUUUUAUAGUGACAAACAAAAGAAAUGUUAACUCUUAUUCCAGGGAAAUACAUGAUGCUUUUACAUAUGAAGCAUGUUAGGACUUUGGUUUUGACCAACAGGGACGUAAGUGGUGAGAACACAUGAAGAUAAAGAUGCCUUUACUUGUAGCAGGGUCUUUAUAUAUUUACACACUUCCCUGUCUUACACAAUGUGAAAACCACCCAGUGUCUUAGAGCAUAUGUAUCUGGAACAACAUAGUUUUUUGAAUCUUGCUAAUAAUAAGCUUAAUCCAGUACAGAAACUCCUACUGACAGAGGUGAUCUGCUUCCCUUCUGUUCCCUGGAUUGGAUCUGGCAAUAGCACAGAUAACCUUGUGUGUGGUUUGCAGUCAUUAAUUGCUAGAUCCAGCAUUAGGGAAACAGAACUGCCGGUGUUUGGAGCUGUAGUUAAGUUAGGUUAUUCAAAUGUAGAUUAAAAUAGAAUUCUAUCCAAGGAAAUUGAUUUUACCUUAAUUUCUUUCUGUUUAUUUAAAGAUCUGGAUAAUUUUAUUAUUAGACCUGAAUAUUGAAACUAAGAAUUCUCUUUUGAGAGAUGUUUUUCCCUGUGAGACUUUUCAUUCUGCACCUGCAUGCACCCAGCUGUUCUUUGUUUCCUGAUGAAGCACAAUUUGGGACUAUAAAGCAGAAAUUGAGGAACAGCACUACAAAGAAAUUGAACACCACCCCUCAACAAAGGCAUCUAAACAGUUGGAACUUUUUUUGCAGUUAUUGACGAGGGGUUUGUGGUUGAAACGUUCUGUUUUUCAGUUACCAGCUAUAAAGAAAACUUUACUAUUAUGAAAAGGCUUUUCAGGUCUACAAAGGAAAUGGUACCAUGUGCAGAGGCCUCUGUUCCAGGCUGGACUCCAUGAACCAUCAGAUUCCUGUCUGGCUUUGGUCAUCUUCAUGGGGAGGGUCACUGUUGAAUAAGGAAGUGUUGUAAGCAAAAAAAAUCUGCGAUUUCUACAUGAGAUGUAUCGAGAGAAAUGUAAAAUUCAUGAAGCUUUGCAGUGUAAUUUUUUUAUUUGAGCUUGGUACAUUUGAUCAGGGUGCCAUAAGUAUGUAUCAGCUGUGGAUAAUAUGGUUCAGGCAUGGACUCUGUUCACGGGGUCAUGAGGUGUUAAAAGUUUUGUAAGUGGCAGGCUCCAGCUAUAAACAAAACAUAGAUAGCUUACUACACCUGCCUCGGUAAAGGUGUCUGCUGCUGGCAGGCUGCAUUGAUUCCAGCAGGAUUUGGGAACUCAUGGCACUGAAUAAAUUUUAUAGAUCUUUAUUGCAGUGCUUCCUCCACCCAGUGAUUCUUCAUGAGUAGUUCUUAGGUCCAUAUGGGUCUUGCUGACUGCAGUAACCUUUUCAGAUGUCACACUGAGCUUUUUCAGCUUCUAUUUCCUAAAUCAAAGAUGGUGAACUACUGCGAAAUAGAACUUUUUUGUUUUCCGUUCAGACUUGAAAUCUGCAUCUCCCUCCAUAGUCUGUCAGAUACCUGCAGCGUAUGUUCUCAUGCUGUAUCUGCUUUUACAGUCUCUCUUCAGUGUCCUGCUUACAGACCAGUUGUACAUCUUGUUGUCUUCAGCUGAUGGUUUGCAUUGGUUAAGAUUCAUUGUUAUGACGGUAGCCUUUUAACUUUCCUCUCUGAUUAAGACAUAUCUACACCAGUGGUGGAUAUAACUACAAUGCCCCAGGCUAGCAUCACUGUUCUGAUUCUUAGUUUGUGGAAACUGAGAGUUUAAAAAAAAAAAAAAAAGAAAAACAACAAAAAAACCCACCUCAUCCAUUGUUUCACAGAAUUCUCCUGUUUCUGGUUCUGUGUUCAAACACAUUAAUCAGGUCCUCUGAGUGGCUACAAAUAUCACUCAAAUGUCUGUUAGAACCCUUCCAAGAAUAUUUUUUAAAAAGUUUGAAGUUUAAUGUUGCAAUGACUUUAGCAGAUUAAACCUAUUUGCAAAAUGUGUAUGUAAUUAUUUGUGGUUUUAAUUAGUUAGGCCUCUAAUAAUGGAAAUCUCAUGCUAAUAAUAUUCUGAUUAUAUAGCCAAAGAGUAGAUUAUAAUAUGAAUAUCUAGUUUUCACAGCUAUAACACAUUGCCUUCAGAACUGAAUGAUGCAUAACUCAGCACAAUAGCUCAUAGCUACUAGUAAGGGCAAUAUAAGAAGAAUUAGAACAUGUUAAUUUUUCUGAAAUUCACAGGUGAUUGUUAAAGGUUUGACUUUGUAUCAUCUUAACAUAGUUUUCAUUAUAGUGGGGAAGUGGAACAACUAGACUGUAUGUGGAACCUCUGUAGGUUUUUUAUUAGUUAACAUUUAAAUGUGACAAACUUAACUGGAAUACUUGUAUUUUUCAGCAACUCAAUAAACAUCUAUCUUUGGAGUAUUAUAA